CUGUAUGCAUGCAUAGUUGGCUUUUAAUUUACACUAGACGUGGUUACAUACACUAUGACCAAAUCUAACCUGGAACUGGUUGAUGAAUGCGAUAAAUUCCCAUAUUACGAAGACAACCCCGCAUUUUAUGCAGCCCACCUGAAGAAACACCACGCCUUCAAGGUCAAUGGUUGCGAUGCGGUAUUGGGAUACAUACUCAACUGGGCCGUCACCCAGUUCCGCUGGCCCGCCGAACACUGGGUGGUGGACCCUACAAGCCAAACCGUCACACUGAACACUGCUGCAGAUGCAACCCCAGAACAGCGCAGUAAUGUCAUGGCUGAGACCCUUGAAGCAGAGGCCAAACGGGGAAACUUUGAGAUCCUAAAGGGGUGGCGGAACGAGAAGUACCCCAUCUAUGCUCCUGGGGGUAAGUUCUUGCUUGAGAUGGAACGAUGUGCCAGCCCGUUGUUUGGCAUUGUGUCGUACGGUGUGCACGCCACUUGUUAUGUGGAAGACGAGCAAGGUAUGCAGUUCUGGGUGCCCAGGCGCGCAAAGACCAAGCAAACAUACCCUAGCAUGCUUGAUAAUUCCGUGGCCGGUGGAAUGAGCACCAGCGAACGUCCCUUUGAAUGCCUUGUUCGCGAAGCAGAGGAAGAGGCAUCCCUGCCUGGGGACGUCGUCAGGGCCACUGCCAAGUCAGUAGGUUGUGUUUCGUAUUUCUAUGUGCGGGACUCUCGGGCCGGAGGCGAAGUCGAUCUGCUACAACCAGAGGUAGAGUAUGUCUACGACAUCAAGCUUAGCCGGGACAUUGUCCCAAGUCCCAGUGACGGCGAAGUGGAAGAAUUUAAGCUGUAUACCGUCGAAGAAACAAAGAAGGCUCUAGCGAACGGGGAGUUCAAGCCCAAUUGCGCAGUCGUCUUCAUUGAUUUCUUCAUCAGACAUGGCAUCUUGACCCCCGAGAAUGAACCCGACUAUUUCCAGAUUCUAACGAGGAUGCACCGCCGCUUUGAAUUCCCAACAGCGUCACAUUUCGCAAACUGAGCGGCUACCAAUCUCGAAUUAAUUGGUAGAUGAGAACACAUGCUGAGAAUUGUUUGAUAUUCUAUUGAUAUACCCAAUCACCAAUCAAACGCCGACGCUGCAACCAAACAUCCCAAUUAAUGCAAACUUUUCUGUCAGUCCGAAGGUCGACCCCGGACACAGAUACCCAUGAAUUCUCGAUACGAAGUGUUGAUGGGAUGAUAUCUUUCCUCGUUUCCUUCAUUUCUUCAGAAGUAGAUACACAUAGUCGAUCCUCAAGGGCGCCAGCUUCUUGUAGGGUCCUUCAAGAUAGAGCAACAGUCCACCGAAAGAGAUGAAAACCGCC